GCAUCUGCCCCAGAAUUAGGUGAAGUUCAACACGGACAGGGGUCGGAUCAGUUUUUCUAGCAGCUUCCAACCUGUCGCGCUGGGCGCGUUGAGACGCGCUAAGUCAUUAAUUAAUACCCGGUGCCCUGCCGUCCAUUAUAACUUCAAACGGACUCCCAAACCCAACCUCAGGUUCCUGACUUCCGGCUUUGUUGCACACUUCUUGAAGAUUCCUCCCUUUAGCCGUCAACGAUAAAGGCCGAACACGCAAGAUGUCAACAAGUGUUCUCCCGCCCCUCGCGGCCCGCCAGCAGGUCGAGGCCCGCAUCCAAGACCUGGCUGAUGCCGUUCAGGCGCACCCAAAGAUGCAGCCGCCAACCCGACAGACACCCCACGCUCCACCACAUUUGGGACUUCGCCAUGCGGAGCAAAUAUAUCCUCUCCGAGCUUGACAACAUUGAGGGCGGGUUCGCGGUGGAGCAUCCCGAGCAAAUCAAAGAUUACGACAAGUCUACCGCGGGCACGCCCAACCCCGCCAAAGCCAAAGAGCUGUUGAGCGACGUGGGUGGCCGGUCAAUGACACUCGACAUGGUGAUCGACCCCCCAAACCCAAUCAUGGUGGCAAUGAUGGUGAUGGAGCCCGUUGACGUCGCUGAGGAGGUCAAGAGGAAGUCGAAGGCGGUGGUCGAGGCGGUUGAACAGUUGGAUGCCAGAGCGAAUUGUAAACAAUGAAUAAAGGGUUUGCAUUACUGGGGAGGGGUAUCAUCUUGUCUAGCGCUCUAGUUCUUUUUUUUUUUU